GUUGAAAGUUGGUUGCCGCAAGGUUUACCAAAUGGCCAUACCAAAACCCAAACCAAAGCCAAGUCCCCUUGCGCGCGGACCAAACUCACCUCAAAUCUCAUCUUCGCUCAUCACUUUGUUUCUUCGUUUCCUUUUACAUUUCUCUUUCUUUUUUUUUUCUAGGGUUUCCUCUCGAAAACCAGAUCUCCUCAUUCUUGAUUCUUCACAAUGUGGCGCUCUCUUUGGCGGUCCAUCGAUCGCUUCUCUCUUCAACACUUCAAAUACGUAAUUACGGAAUUGCAGCAGAUCAAAGUUGUCAAUAAGCAGAACAGGGAAGCAGUGAUAGAUCUACUACAGUCUAUUGUAGAGAUAGUGACAUAUGGUGACAGACAAGAUCCAUUAAUAUUUGAAUGUUUUAUGGAAUGCCAAGUUUUAGCAGAGUUUGUACGGGUACUAAAGAUCAGUUCAAGUUCAAGAAUUGAGGCACCGUUGCUUCAGUAUCUAAGCAUAAUGAUUCAAAACAUGGAUAGUGAACAUGCAACUUAUUAUUGUUUAAGCAAUGACUAUAUCAACAACAUCAUAGCACAUCAAUAUAACUUUGACGCAGGAGAUCUUGCUCUUUAUUAUGUGUCUUUCUUAAGAGCAGUGAGCAGCAAAAUAAACAGAGACACACUUUGCCUUCUUGUCAAAGUUCAUGGGGAUGCAGUAGUCUCAUUUCCAUUGUACAGUGAAGCUCUUAAAUUUGCUCAACACGGGGAAAAGAUGAUUCAAACAGCUAUACGUGCAUUAACUCUCAACAUAUACAAUGUUAGUGAUGAUAUGGUCUAUACAUUUGUAACAACUCCUCCAGCCUCGAAGUACUUCUCAGACUUGGUUUCUAGUUUAAGGGAGCAAUAUCUACAUCUAGAUGCCCUUAUCCAUUCUACAGAGGAAAAAUGCUCUCAUCAAAAGAAAAAGGACAUAUUUAUGGAAACUGAUAAAAUUAUAGACGAUCUUUACUACUUCAAGGACAUUCUUUCUGUUGGAGAGCCUCGUUUAAGUAGAGUUGUUACCCAAAAUCUUCUCCGUUUACUUAUUUUUCCCUUGUUGCUCCCGCUACUGCAAUUAGAGAACAAAGGUAGCUACAACAUCUCAGUAGUCACUUCUCUGUACAUAGUUUCUCAUCUUCUUCAAGUUGUUGGUGGAAAACACUUGAUUAAUGCAGUGGCUGGUCUUCUUCUAUAUCAUUAUAUAACAUCAAGUCAGGGAGAUGCUACCAAUGGAGAUAUAGCUGGUAGCACAAGUGAUCCAAGUGCUCUUCUCUGCUCAUUGAAUGAUAUAAAUAUCAAGGAAAGUUCAGGUCCUGGGGCUGAGGAUGCAGAAGAUGUCAACAUAAACUAUUUACUUGAACAUUUAAAUAAGCAUACAACCUCAAAUUCUCAUUUUGAUGGCACCCCUACGAAAGAUAAUAUGUGUAUAGAGAGGAUUGGGAUAUUUGCAUAUAUAUUUUCAGACAAUCACAGUAUAUCAUUAGCAUCUCUAUUUUUACUACUUACUCUAGCAGAAAAUAAAGAUCUGGAGCAUUUUCCAGCAUCACUGAUAGGAAUAAGUCAAAGUCAGGACUUGACGUUUACAUGCUCCCAGAACAACUGUGAGUCAGCUUUUCCCACAGUGGAUGGAAGUAUUAUUGUGAGACUUCUGCCUCAGAUUUUGAAGGCAUUAUUGAAGUUUUUAGCAAGCCAACCACCAAUUUCCCCAUCAAUACAGUGGAAUAUAGGGUGGUUUUUGCGAAAGCUACUGCUAUGUCAAGGAAAUAUGCUCACUGAUGACAAUAUCCACCUAUUCAAUACUUCAUACAAGCAGUCCCGUGAAUGUCUUCAAAAAGAACUUGAUGGAUGUUGGUUUGAUCAUAUCCCAGACACUAUAAGACAUGAGUUAAGAAGCUGUAGAAAAGCUCUUGAGGAAAAAUCUGAAGCUAAAGAUCCCUUAUUCAUAUUGGAGCUUGCAAUCUGCCAGCAAACCUUGGAUUGCAGUUCGACUUCUUAUUUUGCUUGGCAGAGGAUGGUUGAUGCAGUCAAGGUUUUCGUUCUCCAUCUUCAGCUCAAGGCAUUAAUUUUCACGGGAGGUUUACUUGAAAAACCCUCACUGAAGUCAUUGAGUAACAGUGAUCCUGGGAAAACUUAUAGUACAGAUAUUUCAUCUGCCAGCUUUGGGUCAGAGGUCUCUUUAGGAUCAGGAAUCCCUUGUAGGAUUGCUUUCUCAUAUGCUGGAGUGAGGGAUAUUUACCUAAUACCGGUGGCAAGGGGAAUUUCUGGAAAAUUGAUUCUUGCGGAGAAGCAUCCUUUCCGGAGUCAACGAGGAGUUGUAAUUGCCAUUUCUCCUUUGGCAGGGUUAAGUCCUAAGAUAGAUGACGACCACCCAACAUGGUUACAUCUUCGGAUAAGAGAAUUUGAUCCAAAAUUCAUUAAAGCUAAAGGCAACCAAUCAAGGGUUUCCAAUCCUGCUGAUGAUGGGAGAUGGACACUUGGUUUUCCUAGUGCAAAGGCUUGUGAGACUGCUCGCUUACUGAUUCUGGAAGAAGCUUGUAAGCAGAGGUCUUUUGUUGAGAGCAUUCUUGCUCCGCUGCUUCAGGAUGAUUAAAGCUCCAGCCUGAGUUAUAGGUUUGCUUACUAAAUUAACUAAAAGGAGUGUCUUGAGUUUUGUUUUUGGGAGGGGGGCUUGUUGGUUUCACGAAAGAAAUUUGUAGACUGACAUAGACAGGACGGCUUUGCGAAUGAGUAGGCACUUACUAUAAUAUUUUUUUUUCUUUUACUAUGAUAUGCUGAUUAGGCAUUAUUUUGUUGUCAGUAUGUAAAAGUAAAUAUAUAGACAUGCAAAUAAAAAUGUCACGGAAGUUGUGACUUUGCUACUCCCAAA